AUGGAGCCUGUGGUGGAGGAUCCCAGACCAGAGGUCGGGAAUCCUGCUCCCGAGGAGGAAGAGGUGUGGGAGGUUCCUCCGCUUUUUGGCGUUGCCAUGUCGCCGAGCGCUCUGGAGAGGCCUUUACAAAUGAUUGACGAUGGGAAGCCGACCGUGUAUCUGGACGAGAUGCCAGAGCCUGAGCCGAGUCCAUACGACUCCGACUCCUCCAGCUCCGACGAGGCGUUUGAACCGACUCCCGAGAUGGCAGACAGAGCCGAAAAGAUGAGGCGUCGGCUGAUCCAACGCUCUUCCGGUACCGCUGCUGCCUCUUCCUCCCUACCGUCUCCGGCUCCCAGGCCGACUCCUCCUCCUCCUCAAAACAUGGUGGAUCUGACUCCGUCGCCAGUGGUGUCGCCCACUCGACAGCCACCUCCUCCUCAGACAGAGAGUUCCAGCUCUAAGCGCCCGGCUGUUCAAACUGACGAGUCGGCUCCCAAAAGGAUCCGGCUGUGCCAUGAGGUAGAGGAGGAUGCCCAGAUCUGGAUGGGCACCUCCUCUGUCCGUAAGUGGUGUGCUAACGUCCUUCUUCCUAAGGACGUAGAGGCGACUCAUGCUCUGGGGGACGGGUACAUCCUCGAGGCCUCACUGCGCCAAUCGUACCGCAACCUCACCUUCCAGAUGGAGAUGAGUAAGCGGCUGCAGAACUAUUUGACCGACAUGCAGUCUCUGUCCAACAAGCUGCGUCAGACGGAGGAGGCCUUUUCAGAAGAGCGGGCGAAGCACCUCAAGGUGGUGGAGGUGCACAACUCUGAGAUGCUGAGGGUUACUCGUCAGUGGGAGGAGGAGCGAGACAAGGUGGCGAAGAUUGCUGCGACCUCUGUUGAGGAGUACAAGAAGUCGGCCGCCUUCGAGGCGGAGGUGAAGGCGGCGAUAGAGGCUCGCCAAAAAGAGAUUGCUAAGGAGUGGCUGUCGACGCCGGAUGGUGACGAGUUCCUCCUGGACUUAGGCGAGCGCGACUAUCGCCUCGGCUUUCGCGAGGCGCAGACUGAGAUCCAUUCUGCCUUGCUGGUCCGCGACUCUACUUUCACUCCCGAGAGCUGGGGCCUCAAGCCCGUGAUAGAUGCUCUUCCGGCGACUGAAGGACAGUCGGCGACUGGGGAUCCGGCAGCUCUUCCGGCAGCCUCUGAUCCGGCGACUCUUCCUUCAGCGACACCUCCUGAGCUCGCCGAGUCCUCUCUUCAGGUUCCGGCUUGGACCACCGAUGCGAUACGGUAUGGCCCCUCCCACUUAACCGCAAACUUGCCCCCUUCGGUGGGCUGA